CACCAGAGAAGAAGAAGAACUUCCGUGUUGUUAGCUUAGCCUGCUCGUGCUAACCACGAACGACACUACUGAUUUCCAACGAGUUACAGUUAAAAAAAAUAAACCCUACAGCUUUGCACCACAUUUAUCUAAAAUGUGAAUAUGUUACGAUGGACUCCCCGACGUUAGUUUCGGACGGCGAAUGCGUGCGAACAAACGGGCGACAUCGCACGGCCGCAUAAGCCCCGGGACACUGCUGCGGCUCCUGGCUGCGCGGUCCUUGGUGUGUUCAACGUCCCUGUCGUCGCCUCGAUGGGGAAAAGAAAAGACAUGAUUCACCCCAGGUUCCUCGGUGACGGCAGCUGCUCCGGCCUGCACAGCGUUCACAAGCGGAAACACAAGAAGCACAAGAAGCACAAGAGGAAGCACCACAGCUUCGCCGAGGCCCCGGAGCCCGAGCCCGUCGCCCUUCCCCGGCCUCCCCCUCCUCCGCAGCUCCGACUCAAAAUCAAACUGGGCGGACAGACGCUGGGGACCAAGAGUGUUCCCACCUUCACCGUGCAUCCCGGCGUGGCCUGUCCUCCCUCGCCACUGAUGAUCAUCAACAAUGAUGUUGACGACGAUGAUGACGACGACGAUGACGACGAGGACGACGAAGAGCCUUCUGUUCCCCUGGAGCAAUAUCGGGCCUGGCUGGGUGAGCUACAAGUUACAGCCGAUGAAGACAGUAACUUGGCCACAUCCCCUCUGCCAGACAUGGACUCGGACUCCAUGCUGUGUCCGCCCGCGGACGAGGAGGAGCGGUGGCUUGAUGCCCUGGAGAAAGGCGAGCUGGACGACAACGGAGAGCUGAAGAAGGAGAUCGACGAGUCUCUGCUCACCGCCCGACAGAAAGCCCUGCUGCACAAGCAGCAGAGCCAGCCUCUCCUGGAGCUCCCGAUGGGCUACAAGGAGAAGGAGAUGACCGUGGAGAUGAUGCAGAAGCGGGAGGAGCGAGCCCACAAGAGGCGCCUGCAGGCCGCCAAGAAAGCCGAGGAAAACAAGAACCAGACGAUCGAGAGGCUGACGAAGACUAGCAAGGCCAAGAUCAAGAGCAUGCGGGAGAGGAAGUCCAGGCUGAGCCAGUGCCUCAUGGUGCGGUACAGCGACUCCGUCCGGGGCAUGGCCAUCUCCUUCCCCGCGGGGGUCCCCGCUCCGGCCCCGGCAGCGCCGCCCCGUCCUCCGGCGGCGCCAUCCAGCUGCGGCGUCGGCGGCUGCACCAACCGAAAGAUAUACUCCUGCUCCAAGACCGGCGUUCCUCUCUGCAGCCUCGAGUGCUACAAGACGAACCUGCUGCUCGUUCAGAGCGCAGCCUGAACUCUUACCGGGGACGAGGAUCUCUCUGCUCAUACUUUACUGGGAUGUGAUGAAUGAAUACAAACACUCAAAUCUUUUCAGGACUCAGAAUCCAUGUGUAAUAUGGAUUUACGUUGUUUUUUUUUAUCUGCUUCCUUUUUUUUCUGUUUCUAGAUGUGCUCUAAUAAUUAUCUCAUUCCCUGCGGUCAUGCAGGUUACACAAGUCAAUUAUGGUAUCAAAAAUCUGUACAGUUGAAACAUUCAAUAUUUAUGCUUUCCAUAUUUUUUUAAGAAAGCUUGAGAAGGUAGUGUUGUUUCUUUUGACAAUGAUUCUGACAAAGAUAAGUGUGAGGCUUAUUUAGUUUUUUUAAUCUCAUGUUCAUUCUUGGUAACAAAAUUAGUCAUUUUCCGUACAAAACUAUACAAACAUAGUUAAAUUAAUAAACGAUUCCUCCCCAA